AUGGUUGCCAGGCAUCCAAAUUUUGGCAGCUACGUCCAUUCUUUCAAGUUUUCAGACGACUCCGAGAACCCCGUCGCCAGGAAUCUCGACGUUUACGCAUCGCUCUAUUCUAAGCUUUCGAAUGUUAGCAGUGUGGUCGAAUACGCCCUCAACGUAAACGACUACAACAAGCCUUCCGAUGACGAAAGCCAGCCCACUUUUGAUAAAUCUGUGAAGUCAAUGUUGGAUUUCAGGGUUCUGUACCUAGUUAUAAGGCCUAAUCUGGUGAUUUCUAUCGACCACGUUUUACACUCGAUUGCUCGCGCGUUAAUUAACGUGUUAAACGGGAAAUCGGUCUCGAGCAACCUCACUACUGAGGUUGCCUUCAUGAUGUCCGGCUCCUCCAACGUCGGCAAGUGUAUCGACAACGUGCUCGUCUCUCGUGCUGACAAGUCGCCCUCCGUUUUAAUCGUGACAAUUUCUCAAAACAAGCUUCCUCAGGUCUCCGAGACUCUUCUGGACCUCGUUGAGGGCGUCAGGGACGACAUCUCGAACCUGCACAAGUACACGAGGGUCGACGACAUUCUCAAGGUGGGUCUGCGCUCAGCGCUCGGGUUUAUGCGUUUUUGGCCGCUGCUUAUCUAA